AGUGAAAGAAGCCCAAAAGGAGAAAGUGGAAAACAUUGCUCACGCAGAGCACAUUCCUGCCGUUCGGGAGUUGUGAAUUUUGCUGUAAAGAAUUGGCCACCUUGCUUAUCUCUUGCCCCGUUUGUUACCCUUUCACUCAUCCGCAACACAACCAUGAUAGAAAACCUCUCCAAAAAGCGUAUGGUGUUUGGAAUCAGCUGCCUCAUACUACUAACGAUAGUUGUGCUGAUCAUCGAAUCCAAAUGGAUGAAGGCGGGCUCCCGUCGGCAGGAGUUUGUGAUCGAGAAUAAUUCCACCUGCUGGCAGCGCGAAACGUACGAGGUGAUCAAGGACUGCCAUCCGUGCACGGCGUUCGAGAUCGCGAGCAAAUCCCAGGGCGUCUGCGUCCACACCCACAACAAGGAGGUGCUGAAGUGUAUCGGCGGAGAAAUCGUCACGCGAAGCUGUGAUCGGGUCGCGUGGCUAGACGAGCGGCACUACUGGUCGUUUCAAAUUUCGCUAACCAUCAUCGGCACACUUUCCGCAGCCGUUUCCUUUCUGCGGCAAAAGACACUGAACCGACGGACUAUGCUGAAGAUCCAGCGGGAGCUAGGUGCAUAG